ACUGCUGCCUGAGGUACAAAGGAAGUACUGCACGAAGUCAUGGAUCAUCAUUAAUCCUGUCGUCCUCAACAACCCCAACAGCCACGGCCGCCAUCUCGUAAUUCCGGAUCCGACGCGUUACUUCAUUACGGAGUACUAUCACAUGAUCAGCCAAGCCACGCUCCAGUCCAACCAUGUCGUCAUGCCCCCCGGUCUCGAUCUUCCUUAGGUAACAUGCCACUGCAACCGACUACAAGUACCUUAAGGCUGCCAGCCUACCACCGACGUAGCUACGUACCUUACUCUUAACUUCCAUCUUCAAACUCAACUCACCACCCUUCUACCAUCCAACUACCACCUACCCCUCAUCCAUCACCACCACCACCACCCUCACCAUGCUCCGCCAAUCCAUCACCAGACCCGUCACCACUGCCAACCGACUCCUCCUCACCCGGUCCUUCUCAGCUCUCACUCCCAGAAUGGGUGCUGGCGAUACCGGCGCUCCCCGGGCCGGAGGCGCUGCUCAAUCCGAUUCCUUCACCAAGCGCGAAGCCGCCCAGGAGAACCUCUACGUCCACGAGAAGGAGCUCCAGAAACUCCGCGCGCUAAAAGCCAAGGUCGCCGAGCAGCGCAAGCACCUGGACGAGCUGGACAAGCACAUUGAGGACUUCACCAAGAACCAGGGCGGGGAGCAGAACUAAUUUGAAUUGUCUACCUGUCUACGACGUGACCUUUUUAUCUACGCUUGAGCGUAUCCGAUCUGAUAUGAUUCCAAUCCAAUCCAA